CUAGGAAUCAGCGGGGUCCUUAGGCUCGUGCACUGCUGUAGUCAUUGGGCAGAGACGCGACACAUCAAACAUCAAACUCUCUUCACCUUCACGACAAUAACAGGAAGUUAAAGAUGGCAUAUAUGUUGAGGAAUUCUCUGAGGAGCGGUCCGGUGGCAUCUGCGCGAGCCGUCCUGUUCGCUUCACGGUCUCUCAGCACAUCUGCCCAUCUGCAAGCUCAAGCAAAAAGCAAGAAGACUCUAGCCAGACCAGGAGUGAAGAACAUUGUUUUGGUUGAUGGUGUCCGAACCCCCUUCCUCCUGUCCGGCACUACAUAUGCUGAUCUGAUGCCUCAUGAUCUGGCCAGAGCUGCAUUACAGGGUCUGCUGAACAAAACUGGUGUAUCGCAAGACGUUGUUGAUUAUAUCGUCUAUGGAACGGUCAUUCAGGAAGUGAAGACCAGUAAUGUGGCCAGAGAGGCGGCACUUGGUGCUGGAUUCUCUGAUAAGAUUCCUGCUCACACAGUGACUAUGGCGUGUAUUUCCUCCAACCAAGCCAUGACUACAGCUGUUGGUUUGAUUGCUGCUGGUCAGUGCGAUGUCGUGGUUGCUGGUGGAGUCGAGUUUAUGUCUGACGUUCCGAUUCGCCACAGCCGCAAGAUGAGGAAGACGAUGCUGUCACUCAACAAGGCGAAGACCCUCGGCGCCCGACUCUCUCUGCUGGGCUCCAUCCGCCUCGCUCACCUCGCACCUGAGCUGCCGGCUGUAGCUGAAUUCUCCACCGCGGAGACGAUGGGUCACUCGGCAGACCGUCUGGCCGCUGCGUUUGGUGUCACACGCUUGGAGCAGGAUGAGUUUGCGCUGCGAUCUCACACUCUCGCCAAGAAAGCGCAAGAUAACAUGCUGCUCAGUGACAUCAUCAACGUCAAAGUGCCAGGGAAAGAUAUUGUGUCCAAAGACAAUGGGAUCCGUCCUUCCUCCAUGGAACAGCUGAGCAGACUGAAACCUGCCUUCAUCAAACCUCACGGCACUGUGACGGCUGCAAAUUCCUCCUUCUUGACUGAUGGUGCAUCUGCAGUCUUGAUCAUGUCAGAAGAGAAAGCUCUUGCUUUGGGUUACAAGCCCAAAGCAUAUCUCAGAGAUUUUGUGUACGUGUCUCAAGACCCAAAAGACCAGCUGCUUCUCGGACCGACUUAUGGCACUCCAAAGGUCUUGGAGAAGAGUGGUCUAACCAUGAACGACAUCGAUGUGUUUGAGUUUCAUGAAGCUUUUGCUGGUCAGAUCAUGGCAAACCUGAAGGCAAUGGACUCGGACUGGUUUGCUCAAACGUACAUGGGCAAAAAAGCUAAGGUGGGUGCCCCUCCGAUGGAGAAGUUUAACACAUGGGGCGGUUCUCUCUCCAUUGGGCAUCCGUUUGGUGCCACAGGGUGUAGACUGGUGACCACCGUAGCCCACCGAUUGCAGAAGGAAGGGGGGCAGUAUGGCCUGGUGGCAGCAUGUGCUGCUGGAGGACAGGGUCAUGCUAUGGUGAUCGAAGCUUAUCCUCAGUAAUCUCUGUAGUUACAAGUAUCGUGUACAAUAAUGCACUGCAAACACACACACACACACACACACACACACACACACACACACACACACACACACACACACACACAAAUCAAUUCUGUAAAUACUAAUGUG